GGUCGUCGCGCUGCCACUACCGAAUUCGUCGCCGAUCCGUUGUCGAUACCUACUACGAUAUUUCCUUCGUUCACAGAAACCAACCUACCGCGUUACGGUUCGCGUUCUAACGCACGCGCACCUGUGAGUGUCGCGUAAGACUGUGCGAUUGCUUGUGCAGCAACGCUUUCGAUCGCACGUACCAAAUAUCGGGCCUGUUUCUACGAAGCCUGUGCACGAAGACAGAAAGGAUUCUAGCCCCGUGGUCGGUGCUUGCUCGAGAUACACACGGCAUCGAGGGAGAACGAAAAACGACAGGAGAAGGAUAGAGAAGGGAAAAAUUCCGCGAGAUGUCUAUUCCAGCCUGAAAAAUUAGUCCACGGCGCAAACGAGAAACCGAUCGAGGCAAAGGUGAAAGGAGACGAGGUAAAGAUCGGGACGGUUCGGUGUCGCGGCGCAUCACGCGUGGGACAACGUGGCAGCCGGUAUGUACGUGAUGGAGACGGGUGGCCACAGAGUGGCUCCUAUGCCCGUCGUUAAAGCAAAGAUGGUCGAGUACAAAACGAUGAACGAAACCGGCGGUGAACGCGUGGGCAGUGGGGGCGGUGGAACGCAUCUCGCCGCCACCGUCAAGAACACCGUACGGCGUCUACUUCGUCGCACCAAAAGCCACCGGGACGCGCCCUCGUCGAACAACGCCGCCACCGUGCCCGUGCAGAUCCCGAAUGGAAAUCAAAAUCACGGGAACAGGAUCCCUACGCUCAGGAACAAGCCACCGAACAAUGCGAACGAACCGACCGCGAGAAGAUCCCAACCUCCCCUUCCGCCGUCUUUCGCGCAGAAUUCAAGCAGAAACAGCUACGCCAAACGACACUCCAGGCCGCAAGUUCGACUGCAGACAGGGGAUGGCGUGGGAGUGUCGAGUAGCGUCGGUCGGCUCUCGUCGAGGAGUCGGACAUCGGAGGAGCCCCAUAUCGGCAAGUACAAAUUACUGAAAACUAUUGGCAAGGGUAACUUUGCCAAAGUGAAACUUGCCAAACACGUGCCCACCGGGAAAGAGGUGGCUAUCAAAAUUAUCGACAAGACUCAAUUGAAUCCCAACAGCCUUCAAAAGUUAUUCCGAGAGGUUAGGAUAAUGAAGAUGCUCGACCAUCCGAACAUAGUCAAGCUUUUCCAAGUGAUCGAGACUGAGAAGACACUGUACCUGGUUAUGGAAUACGCCAGCGGUGGCGAGGUGUUCGACUACUUGGUGUUGCACGGUCGAAUGAAGGAAAAAGAGGCCAGAGCAAAGUUCAGGCAGAUCGUGUCUGCUGUGCAAUACUGCCACCAAAAAAAGAUUAUCCACAGGGACUUGAAAGCUGAAAAUCUGCUGCUCGACAGCGAAAUGAACAUCAAGAUCGCCGAUUUUGGUUUCAGCAACGAAUUCACACCUGGCAACAAGUUGGACACCUUUUGCGGAUCGCCUCCCUACGCGGCACCCGAACUCUUUCAGGGUAAAAAAUACGACGGUCCCGAAGUGGAUGUCUGGUCGUUGGGUGUGAUAUUGUAUACCCUGGUGUCCGGCUCGUUACCCUUCGACGGCUCGACUUUAAGAGAAUUAAGGGAAAGGGUAUUGAGAGGAAAAUAUCGAAUUCCGUUUUACAUGUCUACCGAUUGCGAGAAUCUACUGAAAAAGUUUCUGGUGCUGAACCCGACGAAACGAGCCUCCUUAGAGACUAUAAUGAAAGACAAAUGGAUGAACAUGGGAUACGACGACGACGAACUUAAACCGUACUUAGAACCCGAGCCCGAUUAUAAAGACCACAAGAGGAUAGGUGAGUCUGCCAAGGCCCUGGCUAGUAUGGGAUACACGAGAAGUGAAAUAGAAGACUCGUUGGAGCAGGCCAAGUACGAUGACGUGUUUGCCACGUACUUACUCUUGGGAAGGAAGACCACCGAUCCGGAAUCGGACGGUUCGCGGUCAGGCAGUUCAUUGUCGCUGCGCAACAUUCCGCCGCAAGCUGGCUCGGGCGGUGGUGGAGGAGGAGGAACCGGAGGAGGCACGGGUGGUGCCGUGCAGAGUCCAUCGCACAGGGGUGUUCACAGAAGUAGUUCCGCUAGCAAUCCAAAACCCAGUAGACGGGUUUCGUCCGGUCUUGAAACGCUUCGUGGUUCGCAGACUCCAGGAAACGCGUUAAAUUAUAAUCACUCGACUGCAACAACCGGAGGAACGGUGACCGGAGGAAGCGGCGGUAGUAAUUUUAAACGGCAAAACACCGUGGACGCAGCUACAAUCAAGGAAAACAGUGCUCGUGUUUCCGCGAGCCGACCUUCCGCUCCGAAAAACAGUCCAGGGCAACUAGACACCAGCGUGGGUACAAGUCCCGGUGGUAGGGGAUGGGCAGGCAAAAGCAACACGAUGAAUACAGGGGCAGGUGGUGGUCGGCCUCUCACCUCGCCUGCCCCUGGUUCUGUUGGUCGACGUAGCACCAUCUCCUAUGAUCAAGCGAAAACGUCCUCCUCGUCUACAGAACGAACCAACGAUGCACCCAGCAUGGGCGAGGGCACUAGACCGACACGGGGUCACACCAAGUCUGCGAGCAUCAGCGCAGGUCACCGAUCCUCGAGUGGCGUACCCCCCAGCGACCAUUCACUACUGGACCCUCAACCACGCAACGCCCACAACUCCCUACUCGCCACUGCUGACCCUCUUAGACAGAGCCUGGGUGUGUCUCCAAGUAACAGACUGGCAACACCUACAACACCAGCAUUUCCUCGAAAUGUCCCAAGUCGUAGUACGUUCCACUCUGGCCAGAAUAGAGCUCAGCGAAAUUAUAGUCAGGGUCACACUCACACGCAGGACACCAAUGCAAUUAGCCCGCUAGCGAGACCGUCCUUUUUCUCCAAAUUAUCCUCGAGGUUCUCCAAACGCCCCACGGACCCAUCCGUACCCCCCAAGCACCCAGUAGUGAGCGGAGCAACCACUAACGAUGAGCAGGUUAAACCACGCAGUCUACGAUUCACUUGGAGUAUGAAAACCACCAGUAGUCGAGAUCCGAAUGAAAUCAUGUCCGAAAUUCGAAAGGUACUGGACGCCAUGCGUAAAAGCUUCCUGCUGCUGUGCGCGCACGGCGACGCGGCGACAGACAGUCAAGUACAAUGGGAAAUCGAAGUUUGUAAACUGCCACGACUUUCGCUGAACGGCGUACGUUUCAAACGCAUCUCAGGCACCUCGAUUGGUUUUAAAAAUAUUGCCAGCAAGAUAGCGAACGAACUGAAGCUGUGACUGCCGACGACAGGCUCCAUAGCAGCCCGCGCCAACCCAUAACGCCCUACAGACCUAUCGCACGGACUCCUCGCAGCCAUCGGCGACCACGACAACGUUUUCUAUUCUUCCUUCUUCUGGGACUUGGACUCCGACUCCGAUUCUGAUUCCAACUCCGAUUCCAAUUCCGAUUCCAACACCGACUUCGACUCCAACUCCGAUUUUGAUUCCGAUACCCGAGAAAUCUUUGUUUGACAAUUUCCCGUUACAGUCCCAGUCGAAC